AAGGCAUGUGACUUUGCUGUGGUAUGCCAGAGUGGACUGAAAGGGUUAAUCAUGAACAGCCAGCCAAGUGUGGCUCCUGGAAACCCGAUGCUGGAGUUUACUGCCUGUGUACUCCAAAUGCACAAGUGGCAGUUUACAUCUGACAAAUCACAGGGUGAAACUGCAGUGGAGACUUGGGCGCAGUAUCAUUCUGGAUUCUAGUUCUGAAGAGUUUGGAAAGACUCCGUCAACAUGUCUACCCUCCCUCCUGCUUCAGCAUCAGGAAGAACAAGCCUGAGGAACUCCUGAGUUAUCUGACAUGUCCGUACCCUACAGGCAUCCCUGUGCUGGAAUGAAACUGUAUACUUAAAGCAUGAAACUAACGGACAGAACUCUGCUUUCUUCUCUUCACUGACAUUUUCCAGAAUCUGAAUGUGCAGGCGAUUUCAUAGUACUUUCCAGUGACUCAGUUCUACGUUUCCUCAGGAAACGUAUAUUUUGCAGACAUGCAAGUCUGUUAUUUUUUUCAGGAAUAAGCAGUAGACUGGGGGGAGAAAGCUGAGAAUUGGAUCCUGUUGAAAUUCAGUGUUCCCAACAUUCCAGGCAUGGAGUGUCUGUUUCGCAGGAGAAGAGUCCUGAAAACCUGCCUAAGUGUGUCUUUAUUUUGUGUAACACUGGUGACUAUUCAUAAGUUUCAUAUAGUGGAGGAAGGGGGCAAGAACGAGUUGGCACUGCAUUCUAGAGUCAAGCACCAAUGGCUUCAGCCAGAGAACAGCUCCUACAAAAGAAGCAGUGAAGGAACCAGUUAUCACGAUGCUGGAUCUUCCAACAAGGAAAAAGCAAGGCUUUCCAGGGCAACUGAUUUAUCGCCCUCAAGGUGGGACAUAAAUGAAAGCAGAUGUCCGGAAAACAGUGCUUUAAGGAAGCAACCCUGGUUCAAACACGUGGAUCCUAGGUUCCAUCAGUUUAUUCUGCACAGGCACUGCAGGUAUUUCCCACUGCUUCUGAACCAUCCUGAAAAGUGCCAAGGAGGGGUCCACCUGCUCAUUGUAGUAAAGUCCAUCAUUGAACAGCAUGACAGAAGAGAUGCCGUGAGGAGGACCUGGGGCAAAGAGAAGGAAGUAGAUGGGAAAAAAGUAAGGACCUUGUUUCUUCUGGGAACCACAUCACUGGGGAAAGACCAUCGAAACCUCCAAAGGCUUAUUGAACAAGAGGACCAAAUAUAUGGGGACAUCCUGCAAUGGGAUUUCAUGGACACUUUUUUCAACCUGACCCUAAAAGAAGUCAACUUUUUAAAAUGGUUCCACAUUUAUUGCCCCAAUGUGCAGUUUAUCUUUAAGGGGGACGAUGAUAUUUUUGUUAACACUGGGAACAUAUUGGACUUCUUAGACUUUAAAAAGGACGACCCUCUGUUACCGAGCUUAUUUGUGGGGGAUAUCAUUUCUCGAGCUGCUCCUAUCAGGAACCGGCAAAGCAAAUACUUUAUUCCCAAAGAGUUGUAUGAUAAGCCGUACCCAGUUUAUGCUGGAGGAGGAGGAUUUUUAAUGGCUUCUUCUCUAGCACGGAAGCUCUUUAUAGCUUCUGAGAAGAUACAGUUAUUUCCCAUUGACGAUGUGUUCCUGGGGAUGUGUUUGAGUUCUGUAGGGGUACAGCCCAAGCUGCAUCCAGGUUUCCGGACAUUUGGGAUAAGCAAACGAAAAUCUAGUGCAAUGAAUAGGGACCCUUGUUUUUAUAAGAGCCUUUUGGUUGUCCACAAAAUGAGCUCGGAAGACUUACUUAAAAUGUGGAAUAUUGUCCACCAAGGAAAGAUCAACUGCAGUAAAACAGUUCAUCUCUAAAGUCCAGUAUCAUCCAGUGACAUAAUGCAAAGUAAAUCCUAAGCAGGAACAGAAAUUAGUGUGGAAUACAAAGAAAAAAUAGUUGUUACAUUGACAAUGUAGGAAUUUACACACUUAUAUUAAUAAGGGAAAUAAUUCCUUCAUCCUAUAUUGUGCAGGUAUAGGAUCUAUUAUCCUGAAUGCUUGGGACCUGGUGUUUUCUGGAUAAUGGAUCCUUCUGUA